AGUUUUCAUUCCCUACGUUCAUUAUGUUAUGAAUAGCACAAGAAGCUUUGAAUUAUGAAUAUGUAAAAGCAAUCGGACGAAAUGAUAAUCAUGGUGAAUGUAAUCAGAAGCAUCAUACACACACACACACACACACAUACAUACAUACCAUGUUGUUUAUAUUACAACACGUGUAUCAGUACUGAAGCAGUACCAAAUAUUAUCGAAACCAUUAAUGUUUUUAUAGCUGUGGUGUUCUUAAGCACUGUAACUGGCAUUUCUGCUCUUGCUGGCUUUUCUGGGGCAAUAGCAACCGCCAGAAAGCAAGAUCCAAAAUAUUUUGGCAAAGGAAUCUCCAGUGUUCAAGGACUCCAUGAAACUGGAGCUUCAUUGGCACUAAGAGCUCUCACUUGGGGCUCGUUUUAUGCUAUCACAGGAUGUGGCUUACUUUUCUAUGGAAUUUGGAAGAUUUCGGGAGCUACCAAUGCUGAGGAAUUCAGGUUUAAGAUGGGUUCUUUGCUACCAAAGAUACCUAAGAAUAAUCCACCUCAAAGCAGGACAGAGUUUGAGGGUUUAAGAGAUCUAUUGACAUAUAUUUCUGAGGAUUGGGGACAAAGAAAGGAGGAAUAAAAAACGCAUGCUUAGUCGUCUUAUCCGGCGAUAAUGUGACAUGGCUUGCACCGUUCAUAUCUGGCAACGUGCGAAUGGCGUGAUUGUUCAAGGAUUAUGUGAUUGUGUGCUUAUGAGUCACGUAUAAUUUUACGACAUGUUAAACAUUGUAAAUAUAAGAAAAAUCAUGACUCCUCUUAAGCCACAAGUUAAGUCGUUCGUUGUAAGUUGCUGAUUGAAACCCGAAGGAAAAAGAAUUUUAUAUUUAUUAAUUAUAAAUUUAGCCAAUAAAUAUAGAAUUAUAGAUAAA